AUGGCACCGCCCAUCGCAGGCGACGAGGUUGCCGGAGACGAGCAACACGCGAGCGUGGUUGGCGUUCGUGAUGCGGUCACGCCAAAUGACGUACUCGAGCACAAGGAGCCAACGGCAGGCUUUCUGUGCCCGCUGUCUGCGAACCGAUAUGGCGUGAGGUUCAGGGAGUUCAAGAUUCAAGAUGAUUCCAGCAAGCGUGUUUUGUUCCACGCGAAAAUGGACCCGGAUGCCAGAACGGAAGACCUCGAUCUCUCCGACCCAGAAAUCGAACGCUCCGUACGUACGAUCACAUAUAACCUCCCCGUCGAGUUCCUGACGUACAAUACCGUGCGCACCAUGCUUUCGUUCAGUGUCGGUCAGCAAGCGCCGUUGCAAGAUUUCCGAAUGAUUGAACGGCACUACUUGAAUGGACAGCUGAUUCGGUCGUACGACUUCAAGUUCGGAUUCUGCAUCCCCGGGUCGACGAACUGCUGGGAGUCAAUUUACGACAUGCCGGACAACAGCCCGGAGCGCGUGAAGGUACGCCUUGCCUGA